AUGGUCUUGUUUUGUGCUCCGAGUUCUCUUCAGCACGAGUCGCCGCUGGAAACUCUGAUUGACUAUGUCAAAAGGGAAUUGAAUGAGAGCGCAGACGCGAAUGUCGUUAUACGCGCCAAAUACCUAGGCCUCUUUAUCGCGGAUGACUCCGAUGACGAGGACUCACGCCAACGAUCCUAUUGGCCGGAACCUCUGAUGCAACUUUUCGGUGGAAAAGGGGACGAUAUAAUUCGCGUACCACGAAGAAAGCCAAGCUUACCAGUCUCGUACGAACAAUUGAUCGCUAGUCGAUCGAUGACAGCUCCUGGAAGAGCAACGAAAAGCUACUAUGGGAUCGAAAUUCACCGUUUAAUGGAAGAAGCCCGGGACACGCGGAGCAAGGACAAAAGAUCGCACAAUGUCCCCAAGCUACAUCAGUCUGUGGAGUCACCAUCGGGAUAUCAAGCUCAAGCAGGGAGAAAUACUCUAUGGACGGAGAAGUAUCGAGCACGGAGAUUCAAAGAUCUCAUCGGUGACGACCGAACCCAUCGCGCGGUUUUGCGGUGGUUGAAAGGCUGGGAUCCUAUCGUUUUUCCUAGUUUGGCCAAAUCAAAGGCGCAAAAUAAGACGGCCGAUUUAGAAGAGCCUAAUACCCACCGUAAAAUCCUCUUGUUAACUGGCCCUCCCGGCCUAGGAAAAACAACAUUGGCUCAUGUCUGUGCGAAACAAGCUGGCUACGAGGUUUUGGAAAUCAAUGCUAGUGAUGAGAGAAGCCGAGACGUGGUCAAAGGGCGCAUAAAGGACGCAGUUGGCACAGAAAACGUGAAAAGUGUCAGUGUCAUAGCCGAUGGAAGACAGAUUCGAAAGCCCGGGAGGCCAGUCUGCGUGGUGGUAGAUGAAGUCGAUGGUGUCGUCGGUGGCUCAGGAGGAGGAGAAGGGGGGUUUAUGAAAGCACUGAUCGACCUCGUCACAUUGGAUCAAAAGAAUUCUAAAAGGUCCCCGACAGACUCGACGAAUAACACCAAAAAGAAAAAAGGUGAUAAGUUCAGGCUUAUGCGGCCUUUAAUUCUUAUUUGCAACGACGUUUAUCACCCCAGUCUUCGCCCGCUUCGGACUUCCUCCAUCGCAGAAAUCAUCCAUGUCCGCCAAGUACCGCUGGACCAAGUCGUCCAAAGGAUGAAGCAUGUUUUUGAAAAGGAGGGGAUUUCUUGUGAUGGCGAUGCUGUCAGGAGAAUCUGCGAAGCUUCUUGGGGAUUGAGCGCUACCAGGGAUCGUCAAGUGAAAUCUCGCGGAAUAAGCGAGGGCGAUAUCAGAGGCGUGCUUGUGGCCGGUGAAUGGAUAGCUCGCAAACUACGCUAUGCGGGCUCCUUGUCGUCAAACAUGAGACUUACAAGAGCAUGGGUGGAACAGCAUAUACUAGGGGAAUCUUCAAAAGACGGCUCUAUUCCAGGCCUUGGGCGUGGAGGAACAAAAGAAAUCGUUGAACGCGUAUUCCUAGAGGGAGCUGGGUUCUCAUACGACCGUGUAGGAAAUAAAAGUUUCAAAGACCCGUACGGCACAAACAGUGAUACUAUUACGCCCGUCGGCGUCGCGGACCUCCGUAAACGCCAUGCAAUCAAUCGGCUGACAGAAAUGGUGGAUGCUACGGGUGAAUAUGACCGCUGCGUUGCCGACUGUUUCCUCACAUAUCCCACAAAAGCUUAUCAAGACGAUACAUUUCUCUCGAAGCCAAAUGCUGCAUACGAAUGGUUGCAUUUCCACGAUUUAGCAACGUCGAGGAUGUAUGCAAACCAAGACUGGGAACUGAAUAAAUACUUGAGCCAAACGGUUAUUGCGUUCCACCACCUGUUUUCUUCUCCGAAUAGAGCCAACCUGGCAGAGCGGAAAAGUGAGAAAAGUGAAGAGGAACAUCCGUUUUUGAGCCCAAGAGCAGAUUAUACUGCCUUUGAAAUCGAAAAGCAAAAUCGUGCCAUUCUGACGGAGUUUAAAUCCACGCUCUCGGCUCCGUUACUGCGAAUAUUCCUUUCUCCAGGGACAAUUGCUACGGAACUUGUCCCAAACUUGAUGCGAAUGUUAGCGCCCGAAAUCAAGCCGGUGAUAGUAGGCGGUAGCGGAAGUGAGCGUGGCAUUGCUAGCGUGCGAAAGGAAAGUGAACGGGCUCUCGUACAGUCUGCCGUAAGGGUGAUGAAUGGACUGGGUGUCACGUUUGAACGAACAAGAGUUGAAGUCGAGAGCGGGGCUCAUGGUGGAUGGGUAUAUCGAAUGGAGCCAGCCCUCGACUCCCUUGCUAGUUUCUUCAAUACAAAGGGGACGUCUAUGGCCUCGGCAGGAUCCUCAGCGCCGGUUCGCUACGCCGUGCGGCAGGUUUUAGAUCAAGAAUAUAGGAAAGAUCUUCUAAAACGCCAGGCACAAUCCAGACAGGAUCGAUAUGAUAACCCGCGCUCUCUCGCAAGUAAGAGAAGCAACAAUACCGAACAGUCAAAGGAGAACCAGGGCAGCGAUGCCAAAAGCUCGCGGCUGACGGGCCCGAAACGAGAUUUUUUCGGCCGCGUCAUUGUGAAUAGCGAAUCGCUGCCUAGCAGGAGUACGGAGGAGGGAAAGAACCAGAAGCUUGAUGGCCAGAAACAACGGGAUGAGAAGAAGGUUUGGGUUAGCUAUCACGAAGGGUUUUCUAAUGCAGUGCGGAAACGAAUUACUAUGCAUGAGCUGAUGUCCGGAUUUUAA